AGGCGGGCCGCUCUGGCUGCAGGGAUCGUGGUGGGCAUUUAGAACAAGGACAGUGAGGAGAAGCGGCCGUGUCUGCUGCACGCUGCGAGGGGAUGAACACCCUUACUGCCCAUUUCCAGAGACCAAGGUGCAACCACCACACUUUGCUUUCAGGAAAAGAACAGAAAGAAAUAUAAUGUAAAUUGAGGUUUCGAGGACUUGUUUUUCCAGAAUGGAACCAAAGAACCGUAAUAUAUGUAACAAGUCAAGUUUUAACGUUUAGACCCAGUUGGAUUGCCUGAUGACCUGGAAAAAAGAUAAUUAAAUCGAUCUCCAGUAUUCUACAAAGCGAAGAUAAUUUUAUAAACAAAAUAUAUUUAGUUUGUAAUAUUAUAGUUGUAAUUUUACAAGCAGCUCUCUGAAAUGAAUGAGGAUGUAAAGGACACUUAACCUUCCCCCUCAGUAUUGUUAACACGAAAACAUCUGCAUAGGAAACAUGAUGAAUAACAGCAUGCUACAAAUGCAAAUGCCAGAGAAGUACAACUGUGAAAAAUGCCGGUUUUCCACGAAAGACCCAAAUAAGUACAGAAACCACGUAUCUCUUCACAAUGACAUUAAAUAUGCUUGCUCACAUUGCACCUUUGUGUCCUACACGAAAACUGAAUUUCAAAGACAUUUGGUGUCCCAUACUGGAAAGUUUCCUUAUACAUGUGAAUAUUGUGGCUACGGCGCUAUACGAAAUGACUACAUAGUUAAACACAUAAAAAGAAUUCAUGGUGAUGGCAAGAUACAGUGUUCAGUGAGCACCGUUGAAAGUGAGUCUAUAAAUGCUUCAGUUAACAUAAUACAGACACAAGUGCGAAGCAGCCUACAAGAGAUAUUUCACAAUAGCCCCUUUGUGACUGAAGAUGUUAUAGACCUAACAACAGAUGUGGACAAUUUUGUCUUGACAAGUAACGGGUUGCAGUCAAAUGGAAAUAAUAUUGGUAAUGUAAAUGCUGGUCAAGUGGAAGUUGAGGUUGUUUCACCUGUAGGUCAACAAUUGUAUCCUUGGAUGCCCUUAACAGUGGUUGCACCAACAACAUUUAGGGUACCUGCCAACUGUGUUGCUGAGGUUGUGGAAGUGAAAUCUAUGAACAGUACAUGUCAUUUAGUUUUAAAGUAUUCUGAGACAGUUGAUUCAUUUGUGCCAAAUCGUGUAUUUAAAAAGGAAAACCCAUAUGAACCAAAACCCUUGGAUUCAAUUGUUCCAACUGUAAGAAACAUAGAAAAUCCAACUAGAUCUUCAUUACAAGAGUGUACAGCAUCGCUUGAAAGCUGCAAUGUGAAGAUAUUGCAUACAAAAAAUGCUGCCACUGUAAUGAAGGAGAAUUCUUACUGCAACGUGACAUGUCCGCCUGCUAAUAGUGGAAUCAUUAACACAGUCAGUGAGAUUUCUGAUGGAAUCAUUAAUGAUGUGGAUUUAGAAGGACCAAUUAUUUCAUCUGUGUUUUCACUCAGUUCUGAUUCCCAAAACAUCAUUGAAGGUAUUCAGUGGGAAUGUCCAACUGCCAUCCCCCAAACAAGCCCAUCACAGGAUAAGGUUAAUGCCAUUUACCAGGGACUUACUGCAUUAACUACUGAAUCCCAUUGUCAAAUGGAAAUUGAAAAAGCAAAUCGGCAGACCCAAACUAUGCUAAAAGCUGAACAGGAGUCACCUGAGACUAAAUCAAAUGUAUUUAAAGACAGCAUUGAUCAUGAUAUGCAGUCCCCUCUUAGUAGGCCAGCACUGAUAUAUAGCAGGAAACCUGAAAGCCAAACAUCCAGUUUCCUUCAAAGUAACAAGAAAGGCUGGCGUAAAUCAAACCGCUUUAAGAUGGAACCUGAUCUGUUUAGUAGGCCACAGACCCUUUUCUUAUCUUGUGACCGAAGAAUCGUUAUGCAGCCACUUUCCUGCAUGAUGCAGAAUGGUAACCAAACUGCUGCUCAAGUAUUAGCUGAAAGUAAAGUAACAGAACAAGAAUGGCUCCCACUUAAAAAAACGAAAAAGCAGAGUUCCAAAGCAAAGGUUAAAACCCUUCCUAAAAAACUUUUGUUCCCAACUUUGAGGGGUACAUUACAACAAAAUGUGAGAACUCUCAGACUGUUUCCUCUUAAGGCUGAUCAAGUGACACGGAUGCCAUAUAACAAUCAACCAGUAGUCGUAUUAAAUCAUCCUGAUCUAGAGUCCCUAGAAAUUUCAUAUAUUAUGAAAGCAGUCAAUAUGUUUAAGGGUAAAGUUCUAAAAAUGUCUUUAUCCAAGCAAAUGUGUAAGAAAUAUGUAUGAAGAGGGGUAACUGAAGGGGGUUGGUCUGCACUUGUCAGGCCUUUUCAACACAUUUUAAAUCCAUGUGUAUUAACGUCUUAUCAAAUUUAUUUCCACUUUUAAACUGCCCUUCCAACUACAACAGUCUAUACAUAGUGGCUUCUGUGCUCCAGUUCCCCGCCUUGUGAUGUAACUGGCAGGGUUGUAAGUUGUAACCAUUGAGAUUAAUCGCUCAGGAGAGAUUGACCAUUUUUUCGGUCAUUGCCAUAAUAAUGUUUAUGGCGCAAUCAUCUUUCAAAAGUGCCUGUCUUAACACUGCAUUUAACUUACCGAUCAAUAAAUCUGAAUGGUUACAUCUGGGCUCACUUGGAUGAAGAGGAACCCAAUUACUGUACAUGUCCCACAAUGUUAUUAAUAAAACCUAGUUUUUCUGUUGGAAAACAAAUUCCACCUUUCUAGAAACAGUUCUAACUAGUUUGAAGUGUUGUACAAUUAUCGGUUUUUCUGUAAAAUGCAAGUGUAUGAUUUGCACAUGGUUUUGUCAAAUGACUUGCUCACUUACCGCACUGACACAAUGACACCAGCUGAAGAUGAUUCACAGCAUUAAUUCCCUUUUCAAAUGUUGUUUUUCUUUCAUUUGCUUAAAUCAUUUUGAAACUGUCAUUGCAAUGACUUAUGUCCUUUAAAAUGAACAGCUCAAAAGGUUUCAAUAGUAAAUAGGAGUUCAACUGAGACUAAUUCUACUCAUGGAGUAAAUAAUUCCUACUGUAGUAUUUUGGGAUAAUAUACCUUAUUUAGUGACCAAUUUAUACAAAUGAUAGAACACUUGAUUUACUAGAGACGGGAGCCCUUAUGCUUGUAUACAGUACAUUAUUUUCCAAUAUAAGAAUGUCAUACCAAGUUAAACAGCUCUGCUCUGUGUGAGCAGUCCUUACUAAGAGGAGAAUGAUAUUAAACUUAAAACAUAUUUUAUAAAACUGUGUUUCUCAGUCCUGAUCUGUAAGAUGCCCCUUUGUGGAGACCUUUAAUACAUGGUCCCUGAAAAGCAGGGGACAUAAAUAGUUAUAUAUUGUAUUACAAUUUGGUAGUUAUUUUCCAAAUUAAAUUGAACUGUUAAAGUAAGCCAAAGACCCUUGAAUACAUUUAGAAUGGAUUUAAAAAUCCUCUUAACCAUGUACAGAGAUAUCAAACUGCUAAAUACAAUGUUGGGGGGGGGGGGGGUUUCAGUGAAUUUGAUAGUGUGGGCACCAUGAAAUCUGUUUAGCCCUCUUCAAAAUUGUCCAUACAGUACUUAUAGGAUAAAGUGUAAAAGUGCCAUGAGAGGUGUUUGGUCAGAAGAUUAAUAUUUCCUAAGCGCUAAUGGAGGUGGAAAGUAAGCCACUUUCUGGCACCUUGUGAGAAUCCCCUGUAAUGUUUUUGACCUUUAUUUGAGUUAACAUUGACUUGUUCAAAUUGAACAUUAAAGUGGUUUUAUUAGUUUCCAGUUUUAACGAAUUGUUACUGUCUAUGAUAGGCAAGGACUUCUAGACUGAAUCGUAUUAUAGAUACUAAUGACAUUUGUCUAUAGUGUUUUGUUUUUUUCUUCCAACUUAUUGGUUUUUAGUUUUCCGUUUGUGUAGAAAAAUCUUAUGGUUUAUUUAUGAAAUUUUUUUUUAUUUCAGGAGUUCUGAUGAUAGAUUGUUCUGAUGUAUUUUUACAGAAAAUUGAGAAAUAAAAAAAUUUCCAAAGUUAA